AUGUCAGCUCCAGGACAGACAGCCACACCGCCGCCCGACGCCAAGAUCAGCGCCGCCGAUGGCCGCUCCUACUGGCAGGGCAUCGACGCGGACGUGAACGGCAUGCUGGGCGGUUUCCCCUACAUCAGCAAGGUCGACCUGCAGGGCUCGCGCAACUUUCUCGCCAAAAUGGGCAUUGGCUCGAAGAGCGGUCUGCGGACGGUGAGCCGCGCUCUGGAAGGCGGGGCCGGCAUCGGUCGUAUCACAGAGGGUUUCCUGCUCGAUGUAGCUGAACAGGUCGACAUCGUCGAGCCCAUUGCCAAGUUCACCGCUGCUCUUCAGGAGAAACCCGGCGUUGGGUCUGUUUUCAACAUUGGUCUUGAGGAAUGGAAACCCCUUGAGGGAACUACCUACGACCUUGUCUGGAACCAGUGGUGUCUGGGCCAUCUCACUGACGACCAGCUCGUCGACUACCUGCGUCGUUGCAAGGCCGUCGUUGCCCCCAAUGAUGGUGUCAUCGUCGUCAAGGAAAAUCUGAGCACGGGCGGCGUCGAUCUGUUUGACGACGUUGACAGCAGUGUGACGAGGGUGGAUGAGAAGUUCCGCGCCCUCUUUGAGCAAGCGGGUCUCCGCCUCGUCAAGACAGAGCUGCAGCGUGGCUUUCCCAAGGAACUGUUCCCGGUUCGCAUGUACGCGCUCAAGUAG